UUGAAGUUAAAAGUCAAAAACAAAGCUCGAGUAGAGGGUUCAAUUAUAGCAGAAAGAUAUAUUGAGGAGGAGAUUUUGAAUCUAAUUUGGCAACUGUGCAUAAUACACUUCGGCGAAAUGAGGCACCUCGACAAUCUCAUGAUCCUAAUUUGUUAGAAGUUUACACCUAUCCAACGCUAACAGGUCUACGGAAUAGAGAUGGAAUCUUGUGUGAUGAUGAACAUAGUCUUGUAAGAUACUAUGUUCUUAUUAAUUCACUGGAAGUGGGAAAAUAUUUGCGGGGAUUUCAUAGGCUUGUGCAAAAAAAUUACCCGACUAUAAAGAUGCUCAAAGAGAUCAAAUUCAAAAGGAGCAAUUUAUAGAUUUGUUCAAAAGAAGGAUAGAAGAUGAUGAAGAGCUCAGGGAGAAAUUUAUGGAUUUAAUUAGAGGUUCUAUGUUUAAAGUUGAAUCUUAUAAAACAUGCGAGUGCAUGGUUACAAAUUUACUUGUGCAAAUCCUAAUGAGCUUACUUCAUCAAAUUCCGAGUUUACAUUUACGCGGCUUCCUUUUAGGGUUUCCGAUUCUCUCCGCAGAAACCCUCAACACAGCUAUUUCAGCUCAAAUCGAUGGCCAAAUCUCUGGGAGCUGGUUCCAAUGGUGGUGAUGGAGGGGGGAGGGGAAGUAAAGCGGGUAGGGGAAGAGGUGGACGGGGAAAUGAUAGUGCGGAAGGAAGGGGUCGUGGAUGUGGUGGACGGGGAAAUGGUAUUGGUGAAGGACGGGGUCGUGGAGCUGGGGAAACAAUGGAGUAACCAGCUAGGUCUGAAGAUAGGGGAAUUGUUCAUUUCCUCGGAGGAAGAAGCAUCAGGGAGGCUAAGAAGAAAAAGACUCUCAGCUACAUUAUCAAAGUGAAUUGGGAUGAAAAUACGCAUCAAUCAAAGGGACUGGAACGUGAAGCCUUUUAUGACCGCUGUCUUAAGGAGUUCAAGUGAUCCAACAGAGGCGGAUAGGGCUGUCAAAGAGUUUGUGAAAAAGAAUUAGAAGAACCUCCCUUAUCAGGAAAAGAAAAGGGCAGAGCAAUCAGCUGUAUAUGCAAGGAGGGGAGGUUUAAAAACUGCUACUCGACGUUCUUUCAGGCCUCAUUACUUCAGCCAACGUAUUUGGGACAACCUCAACUCGUAUAUGGGGUCUGACUUAUUUAAAAAAAGGUCUGAUAAUGCCAAGAAAGCUCGAGCGCAGGUGGAACAUAUUCACCACAGUGGGGCCAAGCCUUUCAGCUUUCAGCCAGAGAAGGGAGG